UUUGACAGGUGACAAUUUUUCCACAAAUUACGAGAAGAAAUUAAUUCAGAGGAACCAUUCGUGAACUGUUAUGGUUGCGUCUUCGAUUUUAGAGACCCUUAGCAUGCGUUCUAUGGUUUGUUUAAGUAUAGUUUACGUAUAUAAAGAAUGUUUCAAUUUCAUUUACGUGACUAGUAGUGACAGUAAGCGAUUAGUUCCACUGGUCUGCCACAACGCGGCGCAAAAACAGAGGAAUUUUCAUAAGCGAAAAAACCUAAUUUAGCGAAAUGGAUUGUGAACUUUUGUGAUUCCGUUACCCUAAUUAGGUUCUUAGCUUUCUUUUCAUACCCCAUUUGACCCAUAAAAUGCAGAAAUAAGCAUUUUUAUAAAUAAUUAGUACCACUGAGUUAUCGCUAGAUGGCACCACCAUGUCCAUUUUGUGACAGCUCGCACUAAUUA